ACCUCAAAAUGACAGCCAAGAACGCGGCCUGCGAGAAGGCUUGGCGCGAUUUUAUAAUUGCGAAGAUGACGCCUAAGCCUCCCCGUAUUCACCAGGUGGAGAUAGGUGCGGAGCCAAUAGACACUAACGAGGAUGAGGCCGAUGCACCGGAUGAUGAUCUGCCCAUGUUGAAUCUGGCUUCGUUUGCCAUCUACAAGCUGUUCACGGAGUGGGAGCGCGAGGGCUAUGUCGUACCCGAGAUGCACCCUUCGGCCAAUGCUGCCCAGCAGGCCGGAGGGGAUGCCGGAACUCCAGUUCCCGCCGCGCCAAGGAACCAAAAGAAGCCGCCAGUGCGUACGGAGCUACCCUCUGGCUGGGAGACCAUGCACCCGGCGACCAUUCUUUGCAUUAUGCGCCCGGGACUCAGCUACUCGGACUACGGGUCAUCUGGCGACAAUACCACCGGCAUGCAGCAUCUGGGAAUCACGGUGGACAACCAGGAAUUCCACGCCCACGGCAGAUCCAAGAAGAUCGCCCGUCUCAACGUGGCCGUGAAAGUGUGCAACUCUCUGUUCGGCACAAACUUCGCCUACGGCGACACCGCUUAAGACACCAACUCCAACCGCAGACUCCAACUGCCGACAGCAACACACCUCGCCAACACGCCUCUCUUAAUUAUAAUGUAUACAAUUGUACCGUGGA